GGACAGACUGCCGCCGCCCGCCUCUUCGUCUCCGUCGCCCUCAAACCACCGUUCAUCUUCCAGAAGAGCUGGUUUAACGGCUAACGUUUCACCCGCAGAAUUUUGUUGGCGAACAAAGCAGGGAUUCAAUCCAACGAUGUCUGAAGAGGUUGAAGGCACGGGCACUUCGGAGGAACAGCAGGAAAUGGAGGACAAAGUAAUUAGUCCAGAAAAGGCAGAGGAGGCCAAACUGAAGGCCCGGUAUCCUAACCUGGGAGCCAAGCCUGGAGGCUCAGACUUACUCAGGAAAAGACUUCAGAAGGGGCCAAAGUAUUUUGACUCUGGUGACUACAACAUGGCCAAGGCCAAAAUGAAGAAUAAACAGUUGCCAUCAGCCCCAACAGAGAAGACUGAGAUCACAGGGGGCCACAUCCCAACACCUCAGGACCUGCCGCAAAGAAAGACGUCAAUUGUGGCCAGCAAACUGGCUGGUUGAUGGUUUCAUGUUUACUCUUUUGUUACCAUUCCGACACCCACUUUAUAUCUACCUGCUGUUUAUGUUUUUUGUUUAUUUUUCACCUUUCUAUGUAUCCUCCAAGAACACGUAAUGUACUAAGCCAAAUUCUUGAGAAAAUGUGACAACUGUCAGCCACUGAAUUCUCCGUGGGUUAAAUCAGACAAAGUUGCCCAACAUGUUUCUCAAGAUCUUAAAAAAAAAAAACGAAAUGGUGAUUGGUUUAUAAAAAACAAUAGACGUUAAUGGUAUCUCACGUAACAUUUUCACUUUUAAGGAUAUAUGCCUCCAUACAAAUUUCUUGUCUAACAGAAGUUGCGCAGAGGGUUCUGCCAUAUUACUGAGGCAAAAAUACUCAAGUUAUGACCACAGAAAGUUUGCAUUGAUGUAGAAGUGUGAUUUACAGAUGUGCCUUUCAGUUUGAAAUGGAGUAUUCAGCUGCUCAUAUGGAGGUAUAUCUGUUUUAAAUGAUGACAUGUGAUGUAAUCUUGCUUUUUUGUUUUCUAAUCCUUUAUUGUUUGUGUCCUCCAUCAAGCUGUUUGAUUCUGCUUUCAAAGUACCAACAAUUAGACAACACACACACUAUAUAGCCAGCUGUAUUUUAAUUAAUUUUAGUGACAUUUGUUUGCAAGGACUUGCUGCUGGUGUCCAUCUCAUCCUAACCUCUAAAAUGGCCUUAAAAGUAAUGAACCGUUGUUCCUCUUGAGCAAUAUUUGCUCCCUCAGUGAGAAUCUUAGUUAUGAAUUUUGCCUGAAAUGUCUGUCACUGUCUGACUGGAAUCACUUAGGAUUUUAUGGAAAGAAACUCCCAUGACAUGUCUGGAGUGUGCAUGUGCAGUCAUACUUUGCCAUUUGUUUUGUAAAUAAAAUAGUUUUGCAUAAUAUCUCAUGUUAUUUAAACUGCCUACACAAAGAAGAGCCCAGUUUAUAUUGAACGUAAGUAAGAUCAAAGUCUAAGGAUACAAAAUCUGCUUUCAUUUAUUAUGGAGUAGUAUAGAAAACAAAAUUAUUUCUUGGCCAGCAAAUACUUGCUACACUAUUCAUUCAUAUUAAGGAUUCAAUCAACUUUAAUGAAAAUGUAGAUGUAAGCAGGGAAAUAUACAUAGAAUGUAGGAUGUAUUUACAAAUUAGUGAUGACCAAUGACUUAUUGUGGAGGUAAACUAUUCUGGUGUGGACUUGAGUUAAAUACUUGUCUACUUGUGUAUGUAUCUUUAUUUUCAUCUGGAAUGUAGCAAGUGGUGUACAAUUGUGUUUAACAAAUAGAAGCACUCAAAUCAAGAGAAUUGCACAUUGAAAUAUUGUGAAAUUUCAAUAAAAAGGUGACAUUGAAACUUA